AUGUCUAUCCAGAUUGGACGUGCUAUCUUGAAACGACAGACGGAGAUACUUCAUCUGCACCUGAGUCUGUACUCAAAGAAUGCAAGCAAUUCAGAGAACUCUCAGGGGAACCCAAACGCAUCUGGGAUACAAAUGGUGGACAUAAGUCCUAAGCAAUUACGAUUCUUGAGACAGUCGGCAGAAGAACGAGAUCACAAACUUGUACGCUACGCCAGAGCGGUGGGUCAAGUCAAGCUCUCAGACGACAUCAUAAUGGAGUUGACAAAUAGAGACCGAAACAGGGAAUGCGAAAAUACAACUGAUUUAACUUGGAUGACGCCGAAGGGUAACAUAUUUCAAAUGGCCCAAAUCGCUGGAAUCCAAGCAACCAAACAAACCAGCAACCUCAUACCACUUUGCCAUCAGGUGCCUCUAUCACAUGCCUCGGUUUCGCUUUGGUUUGAAAACCCGUUCGUGUGGAUUCAAGCCACUGCCAAAACGGUCGGUCAAUCUACGGGUGUGGAGAUGGAGGCGCUCACUGGAGUGACUGUGGCAGCACUCACGGUGUAUGAUAUGCUGAAGUCGCUGAAGAAAGGCCAUAUCGAAAUCACCGGAAUCAGACUGAUGGAAAAAUAUGGGGGAAGCAGAGACGAACGGAUUGUUCAAACGACCACUAACAAUAAAUGAAGCCGAUGUUGCUAACACUAGUUCAAAUGUUACAACGUAGAUAUAUACAUACAAUGUACAGAGUCAUAGCAUAGAUUACACGAGCACAUUAGCUCACAGUUAAUACA